ACAUUGUAAUUGAAUUUAUAUACAUAUAAAGCAACGACAAUAUAUUCAUGAAAUUUCAUUUGGUGAAAUGUAACCUUGCAUUUAAUCAAGCGCUUGACGGACGAAAGAUUUAAUAUCGUCUACUUAACCUAGAUGCUCAUGCUGACGAAAAAAUGUUUGCUGCUUAAUGGUCUGGCCAAGGUUACUGCUAAGAUCAUCAAGAGUUGUACAGAAGCUCAAAGCAAGGGCACACAUUCCCUGCUUUCAGGGGACACAGACAAGGUUCUCAACAAUGAAUGAAGACUUUCCACCAACUGUCACCAAAUCACUGAAUGACAAGAGGAAUUACAGGUUCAUCGUACUGGAGAAUGGCCUGAGGACGCUGUUGAUAUCUGACCUAGAUGGGGAAGAAGAACCCCCGACAGAAGAUGGACCUGAAUCCAAAACUGAGUCAAUGUCGACGUCUGCCUCAGAGAGUGAUGGAAGUGAUGUAGACGAGGAUGACAUGGAAACUGAAGAUGAGAAGGCUGCAGAGAAAAUGUCCGCUGCAGCCUUGUGUGUGGGUGUGGGAAGUUUCUCAGAUCCAGAUGACAUACAGGGCUUAGCUCAUUUUCUGGAGCAUAUGGUGUUUAUGGGCAGCAAGAAAUAUCCCAAAGAGAAUGCACUUGACAGCUUUAUGGCAAAGCAUGGUGGAUAUGAUGGUGCCAACGCCUACACAGACAAUGAGAGGACGUGUUUCUACUAUGAAAUUGAGCGAGACUAUUUCAGCAAGUCUCUUGAGAUAUUCUCACAGUUCUUCCUGCACCCAUUGUUCCUGCAAGAUAGUGUUGACAGAGAAAUACAAGCAGUGGACUCAGAAUUUCAGGAGUGCGUGCCAUCAGAUGAGGAUCGACUCAACCACAUUAUGACUCAGACAGCAAAGCCUGGAAAUCCUAUGAGGAAGUUUCAUAUGGGUAAUUUGAAGAGCUUGAAGACUUUACCAGAAGAGAAACGAGUGAAUGUGUACAGUCGACUACGGACCCACUUUGACCGAUACUACUCGGCCCAGUACAUGACCCUCGCCUUGCAUUCAAAACAUAGUCUGGACACAUUGGAGAAAUAUGCAAGAGAUUUCUUUACAGACAUUCAUAAUAACAAAGAAGCAAAACUCUCAUUCCAUAAUUUUAAGGGUGCGUUUGACACUGAUGAUUUCCGAAAGCUGUACAAAGUGAUUCCUGUGACAUCCACACACAAAGUGUACAUCACCUGGCCUCUACCACCCACACAACAUCUGUACAGGGUCAAGCCGCUGGAGUACAUUGCCACUCUGAUGAACCACGAAGGAGAGGGCAGCAUCUACUCGUAUCUAAAAAAGAGAAACUGGGCAUAUGGAGUGCUAGGAGGGAACUCUGGAGAGGGGUUUGACCUGAACACCACAUGGUCGGGGCUGGAUAUAUGUGUCACCCUGUCUGACACUGGGAUACAACAUGUGCAUGAGGUGAUUGCUGCAGUGUUUGAAUACAUUGAUCUGAUGAAGAGAGCUGGACCAUUGGAAUGGUUCUACAGAGAAGAACAAACAGUGGAAGAGAACAAGUUCAGAUGGAUAGAGAAGGGUGACCCAAUAGACAUUGUCUCGAAGGUUGCUGACAACAUGCAGUUGUACCCACCCCAGGAUUUCCUCACAGGAAAUAAACUUUUCUUCCAAUAUGACCCUCAGGUCAUCAUUGACUGCAUGGAGCACCUCACUGUUGACAACUGUAAUGUGACAGUACUCUCGAGCAAUUUCACCGAGUCCGAAUGCAGCAAGACUGAGUACUGGUUUGGUACCAAUUACAGCAUGGAAGAUAUCACUAUGGACAUGAAGAGACAAUGGACAGGUGGCAUUUCCAAUGGAGAGCUUUACUUGCCAAAGCCAAACAGCUUUAUAAGUUCGGACUUUGACUUGAAAGAAGUACCACCCGCAGACCUGACCCAGUUCCCUGUGCUGAUCAACUCUCUUUCUCAGGCCAAACUUUUCUAUAAAAAGGACACUAAAUUUAAUGUGCCAAAAGGAUAUGUAAAAUACCAUCUAAAAAGUCCCAUGGUGUAUGAAAGCCCCAAAAGCCUGGCGUUGUUCAACCUGUUUGUGGCGAUACUGUACCAGAACAUAUCAGAGCCCACAUACCCCGCCCUCCUGGCUGGAUAUGAGAUUACCACUACUUCAGACAGCACACAGACUGGUCUGAUUCUAGCGGUUGAUGGCUUUGACAACAAACUCAAGGAGGUGCUGAUACUGGUGGUUGAUCUGUUGGUCCACUUUUCCUGCACCGACGACAUGUUUGAAUCCAUCAAAGCUGAGCAAAAGAAAGGCUAUCAUAACGCCAUCAUUAAGCCAGAUGAAGUGGCCAAGAUGCUGCGAUGGGUUUUGACUGAACCCCACUACAUCACCCACAUUGAUAGAUACCAGGUGAUAGACAGCCUUACCAGAGCUGAUCUCAUGGAUUUUGUGGACCGGUACCUUCGUAAUCUGGUCAUAAAAAGCCUUAUUAUGGGAAACUACUCUAAACAGGAAGCUAUCGACAUACACAACAUGGUACUGUCUAAACUUCCCCAACAGAAUCCCUUGGAGGAAACUGUCUUCCAGACCCAUGACUUGGUCCACAAGCUGCCUCAGUCCAGCCACUACUGCCAGGUGCCCAGCCUGAACCCCGAGGGAACCAUCUCAUGUAUUGUCAACUACUACCACAGCCGUCCGGGCGAUCUCAAGAAAACAUGCCUCAACAGCCUUCUACAGACCCAGCUUUCUGAGCCUUGUUUUGACAGACUGCGUACCAAGCAGCAGCUUGGCUACACGGUCAUGUGUGUGAACUACCUCACUUACGGCAUAAUGGGAUUUGGCAUCCUUGUGGAGUUUACAGCCAGCAAAUUCAGUAUGCGCUAUGUGGAUGAUCGGCUCGAGGAGUUCAUGAAGGAGAUGAGACAGCUGCUGGAGAACACGACUGACGAAGAGUUUGAAGAACUGAUCGAGUCAGAGAUUACCAGUCGUAUGAUAGAGGACACCUGUCUGGAGCAAGAAGUGGGUCGAUACUGGCACGAGAUCACAAACAACUCCUAUGUGUUUGACAGGCACUUGAAAGAGAUAGAGAUAUUGGAAGACUUAACCAAAGAGGAUAUCAUUGAUUGGUUCACUGCAGAGUAUUCUGGAGAGAACACGAAGAAGCUGAGUAUACAGGUUGUUGGAAAACAAAGUGCGUGCUUCACCAAUGGCAACUUUCCAGAUGAAUCAGAUCACACCAUCAAACUUCUGAAGGACCCUGAACAGUCUGCCACGCCUAUUGAAGAUAUAAAUGAGUUCAAAGCACACCUGCCCCUUCAUCCGUACACUUGUGUAUAAAAUGGAUUAGUUUAAACAUAUCUGUUUCCAGGGUAGAACCAUUACUUGGUGUCUUAGAUUGUUAUGAUAUAGAAAAUUUGUUUUAAUUUUUGUAACAGAAAUGUAAAAUAGGGUUUUACAGUCUUGAGCAGGAAAAUAAUUGAUUUCUAAAUUACGUCUUGGAAUGAUCUAACAGCCCAUAAUUAUACCCCCAUUACCAUUGGUAAUGGGGGCUAUAUAGGAGUCACUUUGUCGGUCGGUCCGUCAGUCGGUCUGUCUGUCUGUCCCGAAAUUUUAUUCGAUCUUCACCAAACUUGGUCACAAGUUGUAUCUAGAUGAUGUAUAGGUCAAGUUAAAUUAUGGGUCAUGCCGUGUCAAAAACUAGGUCACAAGGUCACUUAUUGUGUUUUUAACCGAAAGUUUUCCGGACCAUAACUAUGUCAUUUAUUGUUAGAUUUUAAAAUAACUUGGUACAUUUAUUCACCAUCAUAGGACGGUGUGUCGUGUGGAAAAAGUACAUCAACAUCUCAUAGGUCAAGGUCACACUUGGAGUUCAAAGGUCAAAUGCAUGUACGGGCCAUAACUUUAUCAUUUAUUGUGAGAUUUAAAAAUCAUCUGGCAAAUUUGUUCACCAUCAUUGGAAGGUGUGUGUGCGAAAGAAUUUUGUCGAUAUCGCCUAGGUCAAGGUCACACUUUGAGUUCAAAGAAAGGUCAAAUGCAUGUCCGGGCCAUAACUUUAUCAUUUAUUGUGAGAUUUUAAAAUCAUGUGGACAAUUUGUUCACCAUCAUUGGACGGUAUGUCACGCAAAACAAUUACGUCAAUAUCUCCAAGGUCAAGGUCACACUUUGAGUUCAAAGAUAAAAAAUGGCUAUAAAUGAGCUUGUCUGGGCAAUAACUAUGUCAUUAAUUGUGAGAUUUUUAAAUCAUUUGGCAAAUUUGCUCACCAUCAUUGGACAGUGUGUCGCGCGAAAAAAUUACGUUGAUAUCUCCAAGGUCAAGGUCACACUUUAAGUUCAAAGGUCAAAAAUGGCCAUAAAUGAGCUUGUCCAGGCCAUAACUAUGUUGUUCAUUGUGAGAUUUUAAAAUUAUUUGGCACAUUUGUUUAGCAUCAUUGGCCUGUGUGUCACGCGAAAGAAUUACGUUGAUAUCUCCAAGGUCAAGGUCAAACUUUGAGUUCAAAGGUCAAAAAUGGCCAUAAAUGAGCUUGUCCGGGCCAUAACUAUGUCAUUCAUUGUGAGAUUUUAAAAUCAUUUGGCACAUUUGUUCACCAUUAUUGGAUGGUGUGUUGCGCGAGAGAAUUACGUCGAUAUCUCCAAGGUCAAGGUUACACCUUGAGUUCAAAGGUCAAAAAUAGCCAUAAAUGAUUUUGUCCGGGCCAUGACUAUGUCAUUCAUUGUGAGAUUUUAAAAUUACUUGGUAUAUUUGUUCACAAUCAUUGGACAAUGUGUCAUGUGAAAGAAUUACGUCGAUAUCUUCAAGGUCAAGGUCGCACUUGGAGUUCUAAAGUGAAAAAUGGCCAUAAAUGAGCUUGUCUGGGCCAUAACUACAGUGUAUGUCAUUCAUAGUGAGAUUUUUUUUAAUGACUCUGUACAUUAAUUUUGUUCACAGUUAUUGGACAGCGUGUCAUGCAAAAGAAUUCAAGAGUUCAAAGGUCAAAAUGGCCAUAAAUUAUAAUGGCAUAAUAAUUCUUAAAAAUUGCCAUUUAGAUUCUCUUGUUUUGUGAAGACAGCUUGCAAAAUAGUCUGUGUCAAUGCGGCAUGUGGGGGUAUACGUCACGUCUGUGACAAAGCUCUAGUUGUGGAAUGUUCUCCUCGUGCGCCUUGAAAGUAUGUCAUAGGUGCAUGUGUUUUGUUGAUUCCUGUGAAAAAUGGGUAGUGGCCUACAUAAAAAAUGACACUCAGACAGAUAGGGGUAGAACUACUUAUGAAGCCCAUGUUUUUCGCCUUUUGAACAGUUUUUGUGUUUUUUGUUAAACUGUAAAUUUAUUUAAUAAUGCUAACAAUAACAUUGUGUUGAUUCGUAUACAAAUUGGCCAUAUUGGUUGGAUCUUAACUUGUUGUAUUUCUGGUUUUGAAAAUUGCAAACCCUGAAAACAAUUUGUAUGCCCCCAAAGAAGGGCAUAUAGUGAUCGCACUGUCCUUCCGUCCGUCCGUCUGUCUAUCCGUCAUACUUUGCGUUUAGGUUUUGAAAAAUGCUCAUAACUUCUAUGUCGCUUCAGAUGUGACAUUUAUAUUUGGUAUGCAUGUGUAUAUUGAUAAUAAGGCCUUUCCAUACGCACACAAAUUUUGACCCCUUUGACCUUGACCUUGAACUUAAGGUCCGCAUUUAGGUUUCGAAAAAUGCUCAUAACUUCUAUCAAAGAGUUUAUGGAAGGCAUAGUCAUUCUAUGGAGACAGCUCUUGUUUGUUCAAUGUAAUAUGUGGAUCCAAAGUGCAUGUUGAAUUUAGAGUCUGAACAGUAGUAUUGGUUUCACAGUGUUAAGGUUACUAAAAAAUCAAGUACUAAUCAGUGUACCAUCUAACACCAUUUACCUAUCCACUAAACAGUGAGAUUUGAUUGAUAAUGUUCUUAACAAUUAAGGAAGCUUUGGAUGACCUUUCUCAUAAAAACGACCGUAAACUAUUAACGCAUGAAAUAAGUUGUGAUAAUUAAUAUGGUCUAUUUAAUGCUGUGUAUGAAAAUGGUGCUUGUUUUUUAACUUGGCUUUGUAAAUUUAUUGUCAUGAUGUAUAUAAAACCAAAGUUUAAUUAGGUCAAUAUGAGGUCUGUUGUUCUUACACACUUUAGUAAACAAGUAAAAUCUUGCUAGUGGUAAAGAAAUUCAAAAUUAAUUUUAUUGGUGUUAUUUAUGUAGCAAUUAAUUUGUUUGUCACAUUGUCGGCCAUUCAUUUAAUGCAUAACUUUCAUUCAGUGAAUGCAUAACUUACCCUUCAAUUAAAUCCUCUUUCUGUACAAACUUUUAUUUUAGUGGUAACGUUGAUAUUUAGUGUUAUGCCUUUUAUUUUCAUGUUUGAAUUAAGUGUGAUGUGAACAGUUAAUAAGUGUUUAUGCUCCCCCCCAAUAAAAAUUGGAGGAGCAUAUAGUCGCCGCUUCGUCUGUCCGUCCGUGCACAAUUUUUGUCCGGGCUAUUUCUCAGCAAUUAAUGACCGGAAUUCAAUGAAACUUUAUGGGAAGCUUCACUAUCAAGAGGAGAUGUGCAUAUUAUCAACCGGUUCUGGUCGGAUGAUUUUUCACAGAGUUAUGGCCCUUUGAAAUUUUCCAUUAACUGUACAUAUAGUGCAAUUCUUGUCAGGGCUAUUUCUCAGCAACUAAUGACCGGAAUUCAAUGAAACUUUAUGGGAAGCUUCACUACCAACAGGAGAUGUGCAUAUUACAUGUAUCAGCCGGUUAUGGUCGGAUGAUUUUUCACAGAGUUAUGGCCCUUUGAAAUUUUCUGUUAACUGUACUAUUUCUCCCCAACUACUGACUGGAAUACAAUGAAGCUUUAUGGGAAUCUUAACUCCCUUGAGGAGAUGCGCAUGUUAUUUGUGGAUUCUGGUUAGAUGAUUUAUUUAGAGAGUUAUGGCCCUUUGAAAUUUUUAAGUUGCUAAACCAUCCAUUGAAUUAUUUUGUCCAAUGUUAUGCCCCUCAAGACGUUUCCUUUUAUCUGAAUAUAUAGUGCAAUAUUGUGACAAAAAAAACUUUGGGGAGCAUCACCCUUUUCCGACGGUUUUUUGUUCAUUUACAUAUAAAAAGUGUGUUAAACCCCCCCCCCCCCCCCCCCAGAAAUGUAUUGUUUUUAAACCUGGCUGAUGUUAAAACUUUUUAAUUUACUAAAUAUUCAAAUAUUUAUUAAUUUUACUUAACUGUUUAUAUUUUAUUUUUGAAAUGUUAGGGUCUGAAACAAAUGCAGAAACAUGUUUUGCAUGUACCAGUAUAUGCCUUUAAAAAGAUUGGAGAUAUCAUAUGUCAACGACAGUUUAAUAAAAGACGUAUAUGCUCAGGCAGUACCGAUAUAGCGAUAGUAAUAACUUGUUUUUUGUAAGCCUUCGUUGGUUUACAUAAAUUUCUAAAUUUGAAAGAUAAUCAGUAUUAGUCCCUUCACACAAACAUUAAUGUUUACAAAAGUUUGCAGUAUUGGUUAUGUAUAGAAAUUAAAUAUCUUUUGAG